CCAUUUGCGCUGACAACCAGAACGAAUCUUCCAGGGUAAUGGGCACACAGCCGUUAGGCUCAACCGUGUAUUGUGUAUUGACCUAGUGCCGGUUUGACUUGGAAUCAUCUUCUUCUAUUCCCCAGCUCUCUCGUGUUUUCGUUUACUUUUCGCGUCUUCCUACCCAUUUCCAUCCACCUAGUACUCGCUUUACUUUACAAAUUCUACUUGUGGAGGCAUCAUCAGCCCAACAUAUAAAGCUCGGUCGAGAGGCGGAGAAGUUCAGAAGUGCAGAUCUGUACACCAAAGAAGCAACAAGAAGCAAGUAAGCAGCAGACUAGCUCGAUCGUUGGGCUUGGAUUGAUUUGAUGGCGCGCGGGAAGGUAGCGGAGUGGAUACGGGAGAGGACGAUGCCGAGGAAGUCGUCGUCGUCCCGGCGCCGGAGCAGCACUCCCCGCGGGGCGGCCGAGGAGCCGAUACUACGAGAGGAAGCGCCGGAGAGCUGGAGCGGGGCGCCGUCGCCGGCUCCGAGAAAGUCGGACUCGAAGCUCCGAUCGAGCGGCUUAGGGGCGAUGCUCCGGUGGCGGCCGCGCGUGAACGUGGUGGCCGUGCUCUACGGGAAGGUGGUGUACCACCUGAUGUGGCUGGUCGAGUCUAUCGUGGUGGUGGGAAGACUGGUCUUCUUCCUCAUGCGCUUCGGCUUCAAGCAGCUCUGAAUCCUCCUGCGACUAUGCAUGGCGCUGAGGGGCGAGUGCAAGAAACGUGCGUGAUUCUUUGCUUGACUUUUAUUUUGACUUUUUUAUUCUCUUGCGCGAAUUCGUUUUGCCGUUUUUCAGUGGCAUUCGAUCGGUGAGAAGUUGUAAAUGCCCUCGGCCCUCUUGUCUUGUGUAUAAAGAAAUCGUUCUUGGUUCCAA